AGGCGCAGCGGUGGUGGCGGCGGCGCCCGGGGCAAGCGGCGGCGAGGGGGGGGAAGAUGGCGGACGUGCUCAGCGUCCUGCGACAGUACAACAUCCAGAAGAAGGAGAUUGUGGUGAAGGGAGACGAAGUGAUCUUUGGGGAGUUCUCCUGGCCCAAGAAUGUGAAGACCAACUAUGUGGUUUGGGGGACUGGAAAGGAAGGCCAACCCAGAGAGUACUACACUUUGGAUUCCAUUUUAUUUCUACUUAAUAAUGUGCACCUUUCUCAUCCUGUUUAUGUCCGUCGUGCAGCUACUGAAAAUAUUCCUGUGGUUAGAAGACCUGACCGAAAAGAUCUUCUUGGAUAUCUCAAUGGUGAAGCAUCAACAUCAGCAAGUAUAGACAGAAGUGCCCCUCUAGAAAUAGGUCUUCAGCGAUCCACUCAAGUCAAACGAGCUGCAGAUGAAGUUUUAGCAGAAGCAAAGAAACCAAGAAUUGAGGAUGAAGAGUGUGUGCGCCUUGAUAAAGAGAGAUUGGCUGCUCGUUUGGAGGGUCAUAAGGAAGGGAUUGUACAAACUGAACAGAUCAGGUCUUUGUCUGAAGCUAUGUCAGUUGAAAAAAUUGCUGCAAUCAAAGCUAAAAUUAUGGCUAAGAAAAGAUCUACUAUCAAGACUGAUCUAGAUGAUGACAUAACUGCCCUUAAACAGAGGAGUUUUGUGGACGCUGAGGUGGAUGUGACUCGAGAUAUAGUCAGCAGAGAGAGAGUAUGGAGGACACGAACAACUAUAUUACAGAGUACAGGAAAGAAUUUUUCCAAGAAUAUUUUUGCAAUUCUUCAGUCUGUCAAAGCCAGGGAGGAAGGGCGUGCGCCUGAACAGCGACCAGCUCCAAAUGCAGCACCUGUGGAUCCUACGUUGCGUACUAAACAGCCUAUCCCAGCUGCCUAUAACAGAUAUGACCAAGAAAGAUUCAAAGGAAAAGAAGAAACGGAAGGCUUUAAAAUUGACACUAUGGGUACCUACCAUGGCAUGACACUUAAAUCUGUAACGGAAGGUGCAUCUGCCCGUAAGACUCAGACUCCUGCAGCACAGCCAGUACCAAGACCAGUUUCUCAAGCAAGACCUCCUCCAAAUCAGAAGAAAGGAUCUCGAACACCCAUUAUUAUAAUUCCCGCAGCUACCACCUCUUUAAUAACCAUGCUUAAUGCAAAAGACCUUCUACAAGAUCUGAAAUUUGUUCCAUCAGAUGAAAAGAAGAAACAAGGAUGUCAACGAGAAAAUGAAACACUAAUACAGAGAAGAAAAGAUCAGAUGCAACCAGGGGGCACUGCAAUUAGUGUCACAGUACCUUAUAGAGUUGUAGACCAGCCUCUUAAACUUAUGCCUCAAGAUUGGGACCGAGUUGUAGCAGUUUUUGUGCAAGGUCCUGCUUGGCAGUUCAAAGGUUGGCCAUGGCUUUUGCCUGAUGGAUCACCAGUUGACAUAUUUGCUAAAAUUAAAGCCUUUCAUCUCAAGUAUGACGAAGUUCGUCUAGAUCCAAACGUUCAAAAAUGGGAUGUAACAGUGUUAGAACUCAGUUAUCACAAACGUCAUUUGGAUAGACCAGUUUUCUUACGGUUCUGGGAAACAUUGGAUAGGUACAUGGUAAAGCAUAAAUCCCACUUGAGAUUCUGACUUAUUUGGUUCCUCCAUCUCUAAAAAUCUGGAUUAAGAAGCAUGGAUAUACCUUGAUCUAAAGACUCAAGCUUUAUGAAUUUAUCAGGAACUUAUAAAUGAAGAAGGUCACAGAUCAAUCUUUUAUAAGACCUUAUUUGAUGCUUUUGCUUCAAAAGGAUGAUGCCUGUCAUCCAAAUAAGCAAACUUUUUGGCUUAUAACUAUUUUUUUAAUAUUAGCCUUCUAGUCUGUAAUGGAAAUUGUAUAUUUUGAUAGAAGUUUUUUCUCUAUUGGUUAAAUUAGCAUUACUUAAAAUUUGUUUCUUUAGAAAAUAAAUACAGGUUAUAAAUGUGUGUAUAUUUAGAGGUUAUAAGGCUCUCUAAGCCAUCUUGCUUCUGAUUUUUCAUUGCUCUAUAAUUCCUUUUACUGAAAAUACUGUGUUAUGAAUGGUAUUAAAUUUUAGACUCUGGAACUUCAAAAACCAAGCAAAGGGAUGUGACUAUUUUGAAUGAAUCAAAAUUUCAACCUGUAUGUAUGCUAUGUCUACAUGUAUUCUUUAUUUAAAAAGAAAUAAUGAAAAAUCCACAACAGUUCUUCAGCUUUGGUUGACUGUUCAGCCUUUUCAAGACUUCUCAUAAAUGAAUACAUUUGAUGAAUGUACAUUCUUCUCACUUGAUAAUUUUAAAUCUUAGAAUGAUAUAUUUCUAUUUGCGAUACCUUUCCUGUUGGAAAAUCUCAAAACACAAAUUAAAAAACACGAUUGGCUAUAUAGCAGCUUAUUUUGGAAGCUAGAGUAUGAUUUGAGGGAAAGUAUAUAUCAGCACCAUUGCAGUAUAACUUUCUUGUUAUUUUAUAUGGUAUAGGAUUUUGAGUCUUCUUUGUCAAUUUUGGACUUCUUUAUCUUCCAUUAUCCCUAACUAUUGAUAAACUUCCGGGCACCAAAGAUCAUUUGCUUAAGUGUCUGAACAGAAACAAGAUUAAAAAACACUGGUAUUUUUGUGUGUAUUCAAUAUGGUAUAAAAUGUAAAACCUAUAUUUUAACUUAGUAAAAUAUUUUACUAUUUCUCUACUUUAGACAGAGUGUUGCAUUCAAGGUCCUGGAGUCUAUUUAUUAUUUUUUUUUUAAUCUUUUUCUUCUUAAAAACUCCUGGGAAGUUUAAUUCCCCUAAAUUGUUUUUACCAUUAGAACUGUUGCUGACCAUUUUCUUAUGUCAUUUUUUUUUUCACAGUGAUUCUCUCUUUAACAUUUUUUAAAAAAAUAUAUAAACAUUUAGCCCUUUCUUAUCAAGCUGAUAUUCUCUAGUCAUUUUUUGAAAUUUAAUGCUGUCUUUAAAAUGAGAAGCAAUUAUUAUUUAUAUUUUAAGUAAUGACAAAAGUCCUUAUCAAUAGGGAAUUUACAAGGCUCUCCAAAAGAAAAGCAGCCAGCAUUUUAAAUUAUUAAAUUUUAGUAUAUUUAUUAGGUUUGAACAGAUGCUGCUCUCAUUUUCUUCCUCCUUUCUUUGCAUCUACUCUUUCUGAAGAUAAAAGAAAACUCAAUUUGUUCACAUUAGAAUUUCUCAGCAUAUGAAUCUGUUCUCAAAUUAUGUAUUGUGUAAACUCCAUGAUGAAAUAGACAUGUACUAGAAUCUAUAAUAUUUUUAUGUAAGAUUACUUAUUAAGACUACUACAAGUGGACAUGGACUACCUUUCCAUAAAGAUUUUUGGUAUUUAUACUGAUACAUGAAAUUUACUUGAUACAGAGUGUGGUUAAAAUUAACAUCUUUGAACAAGGUUUAUUUUUCUAUUUUGAAUUUUCCUUAUGUAUAUUCAAAGGCUUCUGGAAAUAUUGUAUGGAACAUUAGGAAAAGUACAAAUAUGCUAUUCCAUGUACUUAAAAAUCAGAGUCUUAGUAUGCACUUGGGUUACUUUUUCUCUCUUUGACCAUUUGUUUCCUUAUUUAGGUCAUGUAAUUAAUUUUAUAAUGAUUAAUUCUAAAAAACCCACAAAACAAAACUCUCAGUGAAUUACUAUUUAUUCUCCCAUGACUCAGUUCUACAGCAGCACCUAAGACAGUGCCUUGCACAUAGUAGGCAUUCAGUAAAUAUUUAUAUGCAUGAAUGAGUGAUGUAUUUUCAUUGUAACUGGUUUAUUACAGAAACGUAGUUUGACGAUACUUGAUCUUGGAGUUUGGGAAUACAGAAUUAACAGGGGAAAGAGGCAUAAGUAGAUAAUUUAAUGGAAAUGAAGAGCACAUUAAUAAACUUGACUUACCCAUAAGUUACUAUUAACUGGAGAUACCCUAAUGUGUUCUGACUGUAAAGGAGGGCUUUUGUUUCUUUAUUCCUUGGAGUCUUCUGAGUCAAGUAACAAUAAGAAAGAAGCACAUAGAUUUCAAUCAAUAGAUCUGAACACUGAACAUUGGAAUCACUUGGAGAGUUUUGAAAAAAUAUCUGUGACUAAAUGCCUAUUCUCAUUUAAUUUAUCUGGGAUGAGACCUGAUCUCAGUAUUUUUCAGAAGUUCUUGAGGUAAUUUAAAAUGCAAGAAGGAAGGAGAAUCACUGGUUUAAUUUGUUAUUUGAAAACAAAACCAGUAUUAAAUGUUUCCACUUCAUUCUCCUUUUCUAAUGUGUGUGGGUGUGUUUUGUGUGAGGUCACUCUUUGCACUAGACCAUCCCUCCUAUUGUGGCAUUGACCUAUAUUCCCAAAUGACAAAUUAAAAUCUUAUUUAUUUAAUAUAGAAGGACUAUUUUGCUGUUUAAUAUUUAAAUAAUGUUUAAUAUAUUUUAUUAUUAACUAGUAUUAUAGCUUUAUGGUUUGUUUCCCAUGUGUUCAUUUCCUUACUAACUCUGUUUUUAGCAAUAGCACAAUAGCAGUCCAUACAGGAAUAAUUCAUAAUGAGGAAAAUCUGAAUUUUAAGGUAGAAAGAAGUAUUAAUUUUCUUAUCUGCCAUGCAGAAUGAGUCAGAUUGUUUAUGAAAAGAGGCAUACUUUAAAUUGGUCUGCACAAAAGAGUAAAUUACUCAAAUAAAAUUCACUGUCUAAUCAACACUGAAGGGAAUAUUUUUCCUAAAUAAAAUUUUUUUUGACUCCUAACAAAAUUAAGGUGAUAACAGUGUUCUUAUUUGGAGGGUGGGAAGGGAAUAUUUGUCAAACUAAUGUAGUAUAUGAAAUUCUUUGAGAUUUAACAGUAUAUUUUAUAAUAUUACACAAAAAUUUAAAACUGGUCAAAAUUAAUGGCUUAGAAAGUGGCUUUAAACUUAAUGCUUUUGGUUUAGUGUGUUCCCAGCCCCCUAUAACUCUCCUAGUACACGCUAGGUAAGUGCUCACUUGAGUUAAACCUUCAGCCCUAAAUUUUGUGUUUUUAAAGUGCUUAUUUAAAUGUAAAAUAUAACUUGAAGUUUAUUUUCCAGAUAAAUUUUUAUUAAAGCCUACACACAUACCUACACAAACAUAAUACAUGCUCAUGUUUCUUAAUAAAGAAAAUUUUGGUCUGCCUAUUUAAGAUUUAUGUAGAAUGCUAAAGAGAAAUAAUUUAUAAAAUAAAAUAGGAAUUGUAGAAAUAUGUUCUCAACUCAAAAAGUUGGUGGCUGCUAUUUUUCUUUAAAAAAUAAAAAUUGAUUACACUGA